AUGGACCCUAUAGAUGACAAUGUUGUCAACCUGACAGCAAAAGGUUGGCCACCCCAGCUAGUUCUGACCCCGAGGCGAUCCUCAGGUAACCUCUCCAAGCACAGCUUUGGGACACAACCUCUAAAAACCCCGAGAGAUGCCCCGGUCUUUCCCACAGCUGCCGAGGCUUCCCUGCCUCCCCCAACAGGUUCCUCCAGACUCAACUCGCCAAGCCAGCGCCCCGACCCCCGGAGGCCCCCGGCCACACGCGCACGCGGACCCGGCCCCCGGCCCGCCCCUCCCCCUCCCCGGGGCCACUUACCCCGGGCCGGAGCCGGGGAGGGGCAGGCGCGGGCGGGGGGCUACGGUCCCGGGCUGCUGCUCUCAGCCCCGGGGGGCCGGGGCCGGGGCCAGCGGCAGCGGCGGCGCAGCGUCUCCCCCAGGCGGCGGCGGCAGCGGCGGCGCCGUCCCACUCCCGCAGGCACACAUAGGCUCCAUUGUCCGCCGGCGCCUCCCCCUUUCCGGCUCCCCCUCCCGGGCCCGCCCCUUCCCCCUCCCCUCGGCCCUCCCCAGCCGCACCGCGCCACGAAAGGUACCGCGGGCCCCGCCUCGGACGCGAGCGGAGGCGCGCCCCUCCCCCGGCCCGCCCGGCGGGGAAUGGGGCCCUGGCCCCGCCGCCGCCAGGGCCCGCCCCCUCCGGGGGAAUGGCACCCGACCCCCUCCCCGAACGCACUCGAUGGUACCAGCCCGCCGCGGCCUCCACCCCCUCCCGCGCCCGGCAGGAGAGAAGCCGCCCUCGCCCCGCCCACCUGGAGGCCCCGCCCCACCCCAGCGCUACACGAGGGCCCGCCCUGCCGGCACCGCCUCCUGCUUUGCAUGUCCCCGCCCACCGACCCCGCCCCAGCUAGUCACCGGGUCCCCCGCGGUGACGCCCACUCCCCCGCUUUAAAGCCGCAGAACCCUCUUUCUCGGCUAAAAGAUCCUCCCGCAGGACCCGCGGGGCGGGUGGUGUGGCGGGGAGCUUCUCUUCCUUCCCUCACCCUCCCGACGCUCACUCACUCGGACUCCCCACGGCCUCCAGCAGUACUGGGAGCCACCAAAGAGGACUAG